AGACCAUUAGAAGUGUCACAGCUGAAUACUCGUCCUUAACCAGCUGAGAUUCGAACGUUCGGACAUACUUAAAAUUACGGACUUCAUCAUUUCUCAGAUUUGAUCAGGUUUCCUUUACAAUGAACUCAGUGCUUCAGAGUGCUUUCUUAUGUUGUGUGUUGACUACACUUCUACCAAAAAUCACGAGUGCCACCCCUCUAAAUGCAGAGGAUUUAAGAAGGCUCAGUGACUGGCUUCAGGGUGAGGUGUGGAGAGAUGUUGGAAGUGAGGGUGACUCAACGGCUCCGCCCUCCGAACAGGACAACGGCGGUACAGAAUCAUACGAACCACAGCACAGGAGUUUAAGGGCAAAGAGGACAGAACCAGCCUACUCAGUGAAAAGAAUCGAAAGAGCGGGCUGUAACCUGGCCACCUGCUCGGUGCACGAGCUCGCCCACCUGUUGAACAUCCUGCGCACCAAGACAAACAGUGCCCCCCCUGAUAAGAUCGGCUCGAAAGGCUACGGUCGUCGACGAAGGCGGUCGCUCCCACCGGCCCACCCUGCACUAAUGUUCGAUGGAGUCCAUCUGAAGCUGGCCUGGCUCCAAACCCUCAAAAGAUGCGUCCUCUGCUGGAGGAAUGAGGGAACAACCGAGGACACUACCAGCUCCUACACUACCUGCCAACCGAUGACAGAGGAGGACACGAAAAAACAACAAGAGGACAAGAGAACUAACUCGGAGAGCCUAAACCAUGUUAUCCUGGAGGACCAAUAAAUUCUUUUUGGAAGUCAUAAUUUUUGUCCUCAGUGUGUUCGGGGCGCUGUUUGCACAGGAGGACAUUGUCAUACUUGAAGAUUUUUAGCUUUAGCUAUAUUGUGGGAGACGUGCAAUAAUUUACUUUAAUACGGAUAUGUAGCCGAUUAUUAAUGUGAAUGUGUAAAUAGAUGUAUAUUAUGAAAAUCUUGUAUGCUAAAUAUUCCUAUAUUUAUACCUACAUACUGUACAUGUAUUCUUAAGAGAGUAAACUAUUGUACACAGAUAAAAGGGCAUUGUACUGAAAGUUAAUUUUGAAAUGUACGUACGAUUGUUGUACUAUUAUGAGAUGCAUUUUCCACAUAAGUGAUUUAACAAUGUGACACCAGUUAAAUAAUAACCUUAAAGAGAAAGAGAGAGUGACAUAAAUGCUAUUAGAUGUCAGUGUAACAUAAAUAAAGACUGUAUCAACUAAAUGAAAAGUGCAAAAAACGUUAUUAGAUGUGAGAGUAACAUAAAUAAGAUUGCAUCAACUAAGUGAAAAAAAGGGCAAAGAAAGUGGUGUUUGGUUCUCUGAAACUGGAAUAAACCUUUUUCAACGCAAAUAUCUCUUCAUUACUU